CAUUGGCACACAUCGUUAAUUAAAAAGAAACAAUAACAACAACCCAACUUCUAUGUCUUUAUUCCAUUUCCAAAGCUUCUACUUUGUCUUCCUUUUGUGAUUCUUCUCCUUUUUUCUUCUAAUUUCCUGUAUAGAUUAUUUACAAUGUUCUCAUUUUUUGGGAGAUUUAUAGCCAAACGCUUAGAAAACUAUCAUGCCAGAUAUAUCGUAACUAGUGCGGUUGAACCUGUGUAUCAUGUUUGUUUUGGUGGCUUAGCUUUCUCAUACUUGGUCGCGCUCCCUGAAGAACUUCGUCAUCUUGAACAUAAAAAACAUCAAGAGAGCCAUGGAAAGCACUAAGUUGUAGAUUUCAUAUGUAUGGAUCUAUUGAAGUGAUCCUAAUUGCUGCAAAAUAUGUUCUAGUCAAGUGUGUUUUGAACUUGUGUUUCCUGUAUUACAAGAUAUUUUUUAUAUUUGAUUGUAUGUUACAUAUAUAUGUUGAAGAUAUAAGUUUUUGCCUUUUUAACUUUA